CACACACAGCUGUCCCAUAUAACAGAGGUAACUGAGAGGGUGAUGCAUUGCACACAUCAUUCACUGACUGGCCUGGGUGCCUGCACUCUCCCCAUCCCUGUUGCUCUCUGGGAUAGUGCACAGCUGCCCUCACCCAUAGAGGAGCCCUGAUUAUAUAUAUAUAUAUAUAUAUAUAUAUAUAUAAUAUACUGUAGCCAGGAGUGACACCCCAUCUGCCCUGCUGCAAUCAUGGGGAAGGGGUCUCCCUGCUGCCCAGCACUGCUGCUCCUGCUCUCCCUCCCCCUGCUCCAGGGCUCCCCAGCCUGCCCUUCCCGCUGCGAGGUGUCCAGGUGCCCGAGCCCCGUCUGUCCCAACGGGUAUGUCCCCGAUCGCUGCAACUGCUGCCUGGUCUGCGCUGCGGGGGAAGGAGAGUCCUGCGGCCGGGAAGGAGACCCUCCAUGCGGGGACACUCUGCAGUGCAAGCCGCCGCCCGGCAUGAGGGGACAGAAGGGCACCUGCCAGUGCAAGCACGACUACCAGGUGUGCGCCAACGACGGGCAGACCUAUAGCAACCUGUGCCAAAUGAAGCUGGCCAGCAGGAGGGCGCUGCAGCAGGGGCAUCCACCUGUGGUGCAGGUGCAUAAGGGAGCCUGCCAAUCGGGUCACCAACAUCCCAACAGUCCGAGAUACAAAUUUAACUUCAUCGCUGAUGUGGUAGAAAAGAUCGCGCCUGCAGUCGUGCACAUUGAACUUUUCCUGAGGCAUCCAUUGUUUGGACGUAACGUUCCUUUGUCGAGUGGAUCUGGUUUCAUCAUCUCUGACCUGGGUUUAAUUGUGACAAAUGCUCACGUGGUGUCAAGCAGUAACGCUGUCUCUGGGCGCCAGCACCUAAAGGUGCAGCUUCAUAACGGGAACAGCUAUGAGGCAACGAUCAAAGAUAUUGAUAAGAAAUCUGAUAUUGCAACAAUCAAGAUUUUCCCUAAAAAAAAGUUACCUGUCCUGCUUCUGGGCCAGUCGGCAGAUAUGAGGCCUGGAGAAUUUGUAGUAGCUAUUGGAAGCCCGUUUGCCUUACAGAACACGGUGACCACUGGCAUUGUCAGCACAGCCCAGAGGGAUGGCAGGGAACUCGGGUUACGGGACUCCGACAUGGAUUAUGUGCAGACAGAUGCCAUCAUUAAUUAUGGAAAUUCCGGAGGUCCUUUGGUAAAUUUAGAUGGAGAAGUGAUUGGAAUUAAUACAUUGAAAGUGACAGCUGGGAUUUCUUUUGCAAUUCCCUCGGACCGUAUUACGAAGUUUAUGACCGAAUCACAGGGCAAAAAGUUUAAAGACGGGAAAAAGCGUUUCAUCGGGAUAAAGAUGCUGACCAUCACACCCACACUUGUUGAGGAACUGAGGGCGAAUAAUCCAGACUUUCCCAAUGUUAGCAGUGGAAUAUAUGUUCAUGAAGUUGUGCCUAAUUCCCCCUCUCAGAGAGGUGGAAUCAAGGACGGAGACAUUAUUGUAAAGGUGAACGGGCGGCCGCUGAUGACCUCUAGUGAUUUGCAGGAGGCGGUGAUGCAUGAAUCCCCUUUACUACUUGAAGUUCGAAGAGGGAAUGACGACCUGUUAUUCAACUUAGAACCCGAUAUUUCUAAGUAGUUCAAAAAUAAACAACUAACUAAUGUACCAGUCAGAACAUUACAGCUGUAGAAAGUCAUUGUCCACUGAACAGCACGUCCUGACAGAAUCACUGCAGCGGGAUGAGAACAAGCAGUACCCUCUUGUAAAGCAUACAACGUGUUUUCCGCCCAAGCACGCUGGUGCCAGAUAUCCAAUAUUUUAUAUGAAAGAUAUAACAGAAGACAAGAAACACCUGCAUUUCAAGCUGGUCAACGAUUGUAUUUGUCCUGGUGGAUUAUAAAUGUUUGAGCCAUGUCUGUACUAUACUGUAUUUCAGAAAUGUAAGAACUUGCAGGUUAAGCCAAAAAGGCUGAGGGGUCUAUGUACUAAGCUUUGGAGAGAGACAGAAAGUGGACGGAGAUAAAGUACCAACCAACCAGCUCCUGUCAGCUUGUAACAUGGCAGUUAGCAGCUGAUUGGCUGGUACUUUAUCUCUCUCCACUUAGGCUUAGUACACAGACCCUGAAGUAUGUAUUAAUAUAAUAAAAGGUACUACGACAACUAAGGAACACUAUAAUAAAAUCUGCUGCACAUGAGUUUCCUUAGGCAAAUCCUAUAUAAUAAAAGGCAAACACUGCUCCUUACCUUUGUGGGGGGAAUUCAAGUGUUUUACACGCCGGUGGCCACUAGAUGGCGCCCGAUGGAGCAAUUCAAGUGUUGCUUCGCUCAGGCACGCGCAGCCGCCAAUGCUGAUGUUGCCGUUAUGUUGUUCCGUCAUUUUGACAAUCAUAGUUUCCUAUUAAUACAAAACACAAAACUAAUUACAAACACACUCAAAAUAUGAUUAAAUACACAAAGAAUUAAUAUUUACCUUGAAAUAGAAAAACUGAAUUUGCAACAACAGGCUCAGUUGUUAUGUAAAUACUCAGUUUCAGACUUAACACAUUUUCUUGUUACAGAAAUACUGCAAGAAAUGUGUUUUUACAUUACCAGGAAGGGAGCAAUUCCUUAGCUUUCCAAAGUGCUGUAUUUCACCCACAAGGCAAAAUAAUGAUAAUGGCCCUCAUUCUGAGUUGUUCGCUCGCUAGCUGCUUUUAGCAGCAUUGCACACGCUAGGCCGCCGCCCUCUGGGAGUGUAUCUGAGCUUAGCAGAAUAGGGAACGAAAGAUUAGCAGAACUGCUACUAAAUAAUUCCCUGCAGUUUCUGAGUAGCUCCAGACCUACUCCUAGACUGCGAUCACCUCAGUCCGUUUAGUUCCUGGUUUGACGUCACAAACACGCCCUGCGUUCGGCCAGCCACUCCCCCGUUUCUCCAGCCACUCCUGCGUUUUUACCUGGCACGCCUGCGUUUUUUAGCACACUCCCUGAAAACGGCCAGUUUCCGCCCAGAAACACCCUCUUCCUGUCAAUCACACUACGAUCACUCGAGCAUUGAAAAAACGUUGCUCGAGCCUGUGUAAAUCUCCAAAGUUUUGUGUUAAAUUACUUAGCGCAUGCGCAUUUUUGCAGUUUUUUCACUUGAUCGCUGCACUGCGAAAAUCGGCAGCGAGCGAACAACUCGGAAUGACCACCAAUAUCGGGGUCUAUUCAUGAAGCAGUGAAAAGAGUGGAGAAACAGACCAGUGAAGAAGUUGCCCAUGGCAACCAAUCAGCAUCUUCCUAACAUGUUAUACUGUACAAUGGGGGUCAUUCCGAGUUGAUUGCACGGUAACAGUUUUCUGCAGCCGUGCGAUCAGAUAGUCGCCGCCCAUGGGGGAGGAGUGUUUUAGUGUAUUUUAACAUAGCAAAUGUGCGAUUGCUCGUGCAGGGGAGCUGUGAAAAAAGUUUUUGUGCAGUUUCUGAGUAGCUCUGCGAUCACUUCAGCCUGUCAGGUCCCGGAAUGGACGUCAGACACCCGCCCUGCAAACGCCUGGACACGCCUGUUUUUUCCACGGCACUUCCAGAAAAUGGUCAGUUGCCACCCAGAAACGCCUUCUUCCUGUCAAUCUCCUUGCGAUCGGCUGUGCAAAUGGAUUAUUCGUCAAAUCCAUCGCACAUCAACGUUCCGCUUUGUACCCGUAUGACGCGCCUGUGCAUUGCGGUGCAUACGCAUGCGCAGUAGUGACCUGAUCGCUGCGCUGUGAAAUACGGCAGCGUGCGAACAGAUCGGAAUGACCCCCAUUGUACUUGACAAAGGCUUCUUUUAACGCUGAUUGGCUGCUUCUCCACUGGACCUUUUCUCCACUCUUUUCACUGCUUCAUGAAUAGACCCCAUUGUCUGUGGAAAUCGUUUCAUAAUUGAGAGCUGUGAAUGAAAAAUAGAUACGUUAUAAGCAGUACUGUAUGUGCAAUAUUAUAUUAAAAGAUUAUUUGGCGGAAAAAAAAUACAUUGUAUAGGUGUUUAAUAAAUGAUUCCUGAUGUGCAGCUGUAUAUAUAUAUAUAUAUAUACAGUGUGUAUAUUCUUGGGUCUCAGCAAUUAGCACAUUUCUGAACCUAUACCAAUGCACAUAUUGUGACUUAUUGCAGUUUGAGGUAUUUUCGUUGUAUAAAUUAUUGCAGUUGGCAGUAACAACAACUGACCGGCCAGUAUCACAUGGUAAAAAACAACAUAUACAUUAAUAAGAAUAGAUCAUUGUUAUAUUGCUUAGACUGAUGUGUUAGCGUUUAGAUGAUGUAAUAAAACACAGAAGUGUUUUAAGAGAUGUACUAUGUAAAAUUUACUCUUACAGAUUCUUUUUUAUUGUAUAAAGCAAAACUUGAUUAAUACAUUAACACAGCUUUUAACCAUACUAUUCUUGAUUCCCAUUGAGGCAGAAGGCAGAUCUUGUUAUACGAUAGGGUAAGUAUUUGGUGAUAGGCACAAUCUGACACAAUGGCUACACUUAAUGGACACAGACAGUUUGUGGACACAGGGCCUGGUGCAGAGGUGCGAUUACCUGUGCACCUGGGUAAAACUAUGUUACGCUGCAGGUGAGGCAGCUGUUAAACUAUCCAGAGAGAUUUAGGGGAAUAUUUAUCAUAGCUUGAAGAGAGAUAAAGGGGCAGAUGUAUUAAGCUUUAAGAAGUGAUAAAGUGGAAGGUGAUAAUGCACCAGCCAAUCAGCUCCUAACUGUCAAGUUACAGGCUGGGUUUGAAAAAUGACAGGAGCUGAAUGGCUGGUUUGUUAUCACCUUCCACUUUAUCACUUCUCCAUGCUUAAUACAUACGCACCAAAGUACCACCCAAUCAGUUCCUUACUUCCACGUUACAGGCUCCAAACUUUGAUCAGUUUCACCCUUAGAUUUGAGAGGGGCGUGUUCAAACUGAAAUCUAAAUUGCAGUAUAAAGAUAAGAAUGGGGGACCCUGCGCACUGAGGUGGAUACCUAGGGGUAUAUUCAUGAAGCAGUGAAAAGUGUAGAAAAGUGAGCCAACUGAGAAGUUGCCCAUGGCAACCAAUCAGCAUUACCGUAACAUUUAUAAUUUGCAUACUAUAAAAUUAUACAGAGCAGCUGUUUGGUUGCCCUAGGCAACUUCUCCACUGGCUCACUUUUCCACUCUUUUCACUGCUUCAUGAAUAGACCCCCUAAUAUGGGUCGGGUAGUGCUGCUGUGUACAGAGGUAGCCCAAACCUCACAAACGUAAAUGGAAGAACAUUGGGGGUACAGCGCUCAGCCCUUCACACCACACAAAGGGUUGAUCGCUGUAUCCCUAAUGUUCUUCCAGAAUAAAAAUAAAGCUGUCCAGCUUUUGUGGACUACAGUACAUGCAAAAGCAGACAGUAUUUACCCUGCAUGCAAUUUAAAAAAUAUAUAUAUUUACUCUCCUUGCACUGCACAGUUACUUGCCCUUUUUAAAAAAAAACUUUAUUCCCAACUCAAAAUCAGGCACUGUACCAAUAUAACAAAAAGCCACCUAUCAUUUGUCUUGGAAGGCUACAACCUUUAGAAUAUUGGCCAACUCACAAAAUGGCUGCCACUGCUGUAGGUAGUGUACACUUCAUGUAGAUAUUUUUAAGUGAACCUGUGGGAAUUAAUACAAAUUUUCUGACCCAGCCAUUUAUUUGUUAGCUGUAUAUAUAAUAAAAUAGUCUGCAACUUCUGGUUCACUGGAAGCCCCUCCCCAAUGCCUGUGACAUUUAUGUUAUCCGUCACUCUAGAUGGGAAGGGACAGGUACUUGAUGAUUUAAUCCUUUUUGUAUUUUGGGGUAUAUCUCUGACUGUAGGCAUUGGAAAAUGACAUCAGAAUCCAGUCAUUCUGGAAUAUAUCACAUGAUUCUUAUAGAAUUAAUGCCUUAUACUUGCACAAUAAUAAUUAUUUUGUAAAAGACAAAUGGUUCUUCACCAAUGCCAGUUGCAGGUAAUAUCCUGUGUAUUGCUUGUAAUGUAUAUAUUUGUGCUGUACAAAUAAAGGUUACGUAUUGUAAAAAA